AUGGCUGCUGAUGAUCACACUCGGUGGCACUUAAAUGAUUACGUUAUAAACGAUUAUAUGAAUUUAAUUGUUGAACGUGACUCUAGUAUAUAUGCUUACGAUACAUUUUUUUAUACCCGGCUAAUCGCUUCUGGGUACAACGGUGUGAAGAAAUGGACUAAAAAAUUAAAUAUUUUCUCAAAGUCAAAACUGCUGAUUAAUAAACUAGGAUUUGGACACUGGGUACUUGUGUGCGUAAAUGUCCCUCAAAAACAAAUAUAUUAUUAUGACAGUAUAAGCCAUUUUGACGUAUAUAACUGUUUAAAUCAAAUAUGUACAUACUUAAGUAAUGAGCAUAGCCAUAGAUUAGGUAACCCUCUACCGAUAGAAGAAUGGGAUGUUCAAGUGCCUGGAAACCCCAUGCAGAAUAAUAAUAUUGACUGUGGAGUAUUCAUUUGUAUGUUUGCAAAACAUCUAUCACUGGGCGCUGCAUUCAAUUUCACACACGCACAUAUGUGGUUUUUUAGAAAGUUAAUGGCUUAUGAGUUAGGCACCAAUAGACUUAUCCCAGUAGAUGUGGAAACAACUACUAUUAACGUAGAGAUGUGGAAAACGAGAUAAUUUUACCUUGUACCUAAAUAGUAAAAUAUAAUAUAAACUAUUGAGUAAU